CUUCUUUCCCUUCCUUCUAAAUGGAAAUGGUUUAUGCUGACAUGGCGUCUCUCUCUAUAACACCACUCUUGGUUUCUUCUUCCUCAGACCUCACAUCCUCAUCUCGUUACCGUAACAACGCUGUCUUGUCCGAAGAUCUCUCUUGGAUGGAUCAAAUCAACGCUCCGAGAUCAUGGGACGUCCCUUUCAACAUCGAAAACGGCCAUCGUCUCUUCAACCGUAGCGAUUUCGAAGUUGGGUGUCUCCAGAAUCCGAUUAACCUUAACAAUGGCGUGGUUAAAGAAGAGAUUAGUGACCCUAAUUACAGCAGCAGCGAGAUUAGCGGCGGCAAGGAGGAAGAGGCUGACAAUGUUAAUGGAAAGGGAAAGUCGUCUUCGAAGGCGAGUGUCUCCAAAGGACAUUGGAGACCAGCCGAAGAUAAUAAGCUCAGAGAGCUCGUCGCCGUCUACGGACCACAAAACUGGAACCUUAUCGCGGAGAAGCUCCAUGGAAGAUCUGGGAAGAGCUGCAGGCUUAGGUGGUUCAACCAAUUGGACCCGAGAAUAAACAGGAGGGCGUUUACGGAGGAAGAGGAGGAGAGAUUAAUGCAAGCCCAUAGGCUUUAUGGGAACAAGUGGGCAAUGAUUUCGAGGCUUUUCCCUGGAAGAACUGACAAUGCAGUCAAGAACCAUUGGCAUGUCAUCAUGGCUCGCAAAUACAGAGAACACUCCACUUCUUAUCGGAGACGGAAGAUGAUUACCCUAAAACCUCUCCCUAACCCUAAUCCUAAUCCUGAUCCCAGCCCUAAUCACACUUUUAACCAUGAUCAGCAGCAUUUUCCCGAGUUUAGCCAUGGUGGGUUACCUUUAACCCACUUGGGUAAUAGCCCGAACCCAAGUGACCUGCAACAGCAGCUGAUUCUGCCUUUUCAUCUCUUCCAAGGUUUCGAGGGCAAUGAGGGUAUAAUGGUGGGCAUGUUUGGCAACCAAAUGAUGGAUCCUUUCGACCAACCAAACACACAUAAAAUUGCUCCUGGUUUCAACGACGGUCCAUGCCAUAACAUUCCUCCGAUAAUGCGAGAGGCAACCGACGAUUUUCAUUACAUCGACCCUCGAAACCAAACAGCAUAUCAAAAGGAUUCAUAUGCUCCGGCGGCGGAGGAAGUGACCCGCGGGAAGAUUGUCGUGUUGGAUAGGAUGAGUAACGACCACCAACCACCACCACCUUUCUUUGAUUUUCUUGGCGUCGGAGAAACAUGAACAAAGUAGUCUUUUUAUUUUUAUUUUUCUUAAUUAGUUAACGUUAUUGUGAUUAAUUAGUUUAACGAAAAUGGAGGUUAGGUGUUAAGGAGGCAAAAGGAGAGAUAUGGUUUCUUGUCCUUAGUGAGAUCGCGUUAAUUCUAGUUUGUUGUUGUCUUUGUCCCAAUCGGAACAAACUUAUGUUAGUAGUUUACUUAAAAACGUAUUAAAAAACGAGUAUGACGUGUAAAUUACCCAUU